AUGGGUCUACUCUCUCUACCUUCACUAACUUCCGAAACUCUAAAGGUCAUCGUAUUCACCUACACAUACAUCACUACUAUUUUAUUAUUCGGUGAAAUAUUGUCCAAAAAAUGCGACCUUCCGCUUUACAUCACCCGAAAGAUUAUUCAUACGUUAGCCGGCACCUGGAUGUUCAUCUCCUUAUAUUUGUUUGAACAGUGGGAAUAUUUGGUACUUACGUGCGUCAGUUUUAUCGUUUUUAACUUUAUCUUCUUGCAACUGAAGAUUUUCCGGUCGAUGGAUCCGCGCGAAGGCGCAACCCUUGGAACCGUCUACUUUCCUAUUUCAUGCGCAUUCUUGAUUGGAUAUUUCCACGAGGGUUGGGAGAAUGGAUUUCCUCGAGGUCGUGAAUAUUUAGCAAUUGCCGGAAUAAUGGCCAUGACUUUUGGUGACGCUUCGGCCAGUGUGAUCGGUAAAACGUACGGACGAAGGGGAUACCAGGUGAUCGGUACGAGCCAUGAGAAACGUACAUAUGAGGGAUCUCUAGCAUUUUUCAUUUUCACCCUAUUAUCCGUCUCCUUCUUCUGGAGUCUGAUGUCACCGCCUGAACUUGAUUCAAAAUGGAAUUACUUUUGGGGUUCAUUAAUUUCGGCUUCUGUGGGCACUUUCUUGGAAUCCAUCAGUCCUAUGGGCACCGAUAAUCUCACGGUUCCUGUAGGCGUUAGUUUCAUUUUGUCCAUCUUGGGUUUCUAG